AUGAAGAACUUUGGCAUCGUUGUCUGUGUUGCAGUUGUUCUUGUGGUCAUCUGCCGUCGGCAAAGCUCAGCUGCUCCACUCACUGAGGUGGAAGAACAACAGGAGAUGAUGAUGGAGAGUCCUGCAGAAGAACAAGAGCAAAUGGCCCUGCACCUCUGGGAGAUGCCGCACAGCAGAGAGAAACGUGGCAUCAAGUGUCGCUUCUGCUGCGGCUGCUGCUCUUCAGGAGGCUGUGGAGUCUGCUGCAGAAAAAGAAGAGGCUGAAGGUUCUCAAGAAACUUGAGCAACUGGUUUGAUGAAACGUGCAAUAUAGAUAUACAGAUAUAUUUUUGUCAUUUUAUUGAUUACUUUAUGUAAAUAAAGCUUUAAAACCACCUGUAACAUGUUAUGCAGCCUCUUUACACCACUGUGAAUUCGUGUCUGAUGGUAAUG